CUCCUCUAAUCCCUCAGACACCUUUUUUACUGAACUUCUCCGAGGAGCGGACGCAGCCACCGGUGCGUCAGCCAACAGGCGGCUACUGACCGGGUUUUGUUUUGUUUCUUCAUUUUGUUUGGACCGCUUGCUCAGGAGGGUUUCCUGCCCGGUUCGCUCAGGACAUCGGGUGCAACUCGACCAAGUUUCACCCCCUCCUCCUCCUCCCCUCAUCCCAUUCUGCCUGAGGAAUGAGAGGACUGCCGGAGAGGAAGAGCCGAAACUCGCAUGAUUGAAUGAACAAAAGGACAGAAAGCGAGGAUACUGCCGCCGAAAUGGAAGAAAAUACUCUGCCAGGAGCAACAUCUCCCUGCUCAGAUCUGAACACAAACCGCACGAGGCCUGACCCGGAGGGGGAAAGCAGCCCCCCGAAGACGGACAACUCCCAGAAAAUGGAGUCUCCAGCUAAGAAGGAUACAGACCGGAGGUUGGCCACCCCCACAAAAUCUGAUGCCAUCCCUCGAUCACCUGGGUCACCUGCAUCACCUGUCCCCAGGUCAAAAAGGAAGGAAGACCUCAUGAAGUCAGAGGAGAGGCAGAAGCUUGCCAAGGAGCGGAGAGAGGAAAAGGCCAAAUAUCUGGAAGAGCUCAGCAUGUUACAAGCUGCUAAAAAGACCCAGUGGCUGGAAAAGGAGGAGAAGGCACGGCAGCUGAGGGAGCAGCAGCUGGAGGAGCGCCGCAGGAAACUCGAGGAACAGCGGAUUAAGGCGGAAAAGCGGCGAGCCGCCCUGGAGGAGAGACAGAAACAGAAACUGGAGAAGAAUAAAGAACGCUAUGAGGCAGCCAUCCACAGGUCAACCAAGAAGACGUGGGCUGAAAUCCGCCAGCAAAGAUGGUCCUGGGCUGGCGCGCUAAACCAGAACUCCAGCCAGAAAGAAAGCAGAUGCUCUGUGUCAACGGUCAACCUGCCCAAACACGUGGACUCUGUUAUAAACAAGCGACUGUCCAAGUCCUCCGCCACGCUCUGGAACUCCCCCAGCAGAACCCGUAGCCUUGCACUGAGUCCAUGGGAGAGCAGUAUAGUCGACCGGCUGAUGACGCCAACGCUGUCUUUCCUCGCCAGGAGCCGCAGUGCUGCAAGUGUCCUCAACAACGGCAAAGAUGGUCACUCUCCUCUUUGUCCCCGCUCGGCUUCAGCCAGUCCCCUCACCUUGUGCGCCCACCAGCCCCACCACCGCUGCUCCGACCGCUGGAGAGUGACGUCCAGCACACCCGACAUCACCCAGCGCCAGCACAGACGGAGCUCCACACCCAUGGAUAAAAACAAGAAAGAAAAGAAAGACAAGGAACGGGAGAAUGAGAAGGAGAAAAGUGCGCUCACUAAAGAUAAGGUGCUUAAGAAGAGACAGUCUCUACCCAGCAUGAGACACAGACCUGAUCCAAGUCCCAGUCCUUUAUCAAGACAACGGCCGUCGUCUCCAGCCACGCCUAAAGGCAGAACUGCCUCUCCAAGCCCUGCUGCCUCCCCUAAGCCUUCGUCCACACGUGGAAGCCCGUCGACUCCCAAAAGUCGGCCCAAAAGAGCCAGGACCCCUGCCAGGAUAGACCACCGCACCUCUUCCCCCGCUCCCCUCGAAAGAGUGAAGGAGCCUCGCAGGCCCGCCACACCCGAGGAGAGAAAGAGUUCCCCUCUGGUUCCUGCCAUCGUUGUGUCCUCCACCGCUGCCUCACCCCAUGCGUCAAGCACCCCAGUUAGAACCACUGCAGCCUCCCCCUCACCUGAGCCGGUCCACUCAGCUCCGUCACCCGUGCCCUCUCCAUCAGCCAAGCCCAUGGCAGGCACCAACGACCCAGAGGAGGCGGCUCGCAUCCUGGCAGAGAAACGCCGGCAGGCCCGAGAGCAGAGGGAGAGGGACGAGCAGGAGCGCCGCGAACAGGAGGAGAAGGAGAGGAUCCUGAAAGAGGAGCGAAUAGCGAGGGAGGCGGAGGAGAGGCAGCGCAGGGAGGAGGAGGCCCGCGCCAUGGCUGAGGAGCAGCGGAGGAGGGACGAAGCCCAGCGCCUGCAGGAGGAGAAGGAGGCGCAAGAGAGAGCCAAAGCCGAGCAGGAGGAGAACCUGCGACUGCAAAAACAGAAAGAAGAGGCUGAGGCUAAAGCCCGGGAGGAGGCGGAGAAGCAGCGUCUGGAGAGGGAGAAGCACUUCCAGAAGGAGGAGCAGGAGAGGCUGGAGAGGAAAAGGCGUCUGGAGGAAAUCAUGAAGAGGACACGCAAGACAGAUGGAGGCGACAAGAAAGAGACAAAGUCCUCCCCUCUUGCACACGUCAAUGACAAAGAGGCAGAGAGCAGCAAAGCAUCUGCUGAAUAUCAGCCAAAGCCAGAGGUCAACCUGCAGCCCAAUAAAAUGACAGAAAACGGGCAGGUCAAUGUCAAAGAAAGCAGCCCCUCGGUCCAAGUGGUCAACGGGGUCCAGCCUGUGAGACAUGAAAACGGUCUAUCCACUAAAGGAGACGCUGCCCACUUUGAAGAUAUCAUCCAUCUCGCGAAUCACGGCAACACCACCAACGGAGCACGGGAUAAGUCAGAGACCAGCAUGGCCACCGAGCCGAUCCUCGCGUUUGAAAGUGAGGAUUCGUUCAUGAAAAAGGCCGGCCCCAUGAAGCCUCAGCAUGUCGCAGAGGUCCUGUGACACGUUCCGGUGUUGAAAUGCUCGUCGCCUUAGGCCACUGACCUCCCAGCCCUGCCAACGCUCUCAUGGGGCGCCCUGUUGACCUGUGCCAAUCAACAAUCAACAGCCCCUACAAGCAAACAUACUGCUCUCUGAAGACGACGCGGGCCACGGAAGAUGGCGACCAAGCAUCAGGACGCGAGCAACAGACAAAACAGGAUGAAAGGUGUCGCUGCGUGCAACACAGCUGCACCAGUGUUAACAUUUGUAAAGAUCUCUGUGGCGACGAUCCCAUGCACCUUACUACUCGACAGUAUCAUCCUUUGUACAUUACAGUACAGCUGAGUAAUUAUUACAACAAGCUGCAGUGUUUGUUUUCUUUGUUCUUUAGUUAUUUAACUGAAAGAGAAAUAUAAAAGACUGGGUACAUUUUUGUGAAUAAUGUAAAUUAACUUUGUGCGAUGGACAAAGGAGGGAUGGGUCUGUGAAUUAAAGUUGUAUGAAAGGGAUUCAUUUUAUGCUACUUUGCUCUGAGUAGACCUUCGAAGUGAAAGCCUGGUCUGUAUAAAGCCACCUGUGACAGUUUUUGUAAAGAUAAACUGAGAAAUCUGGAGAUUUUGGAAAUGUGCGUUCACAUGCAACAGCUUCUUGCCGUGUGUAAACAUGCUGUCUGUCUCAGCUAUGAUUGAUUGUACGCAGAACUGGAUGUAACGAGUGUGCAACCUUGACGAUUAAGAAACCAGAAGUCAUCUACGGUCAGAUCCCUAUAAACUAGGGAUUUGCUCCACUAUUUAACAGUUAAAGCUGUUUUUUAUUUCACAUGUGCAAGCAUGGCUCAGUUUUCUCUCAUUUGCAUUGAGAUGCCAUGGACUCAUCUGUGUUUGAAAUGCUGGUGCGUGUAUAUGCUAUAAUUAUUUUGAUGUGCGUUACAAGGUCAGUGGGAGUAUCUUAAGUCUUAUUAAAGACGAACUGUCCAGUC